AUGUACUUUCAAGAUCCACCGGAAAAUGCGGAGCAGAAAAAGUUACAAGCCCAAGCAAAAGAUUUUAUCUCAAUUGUGCUCAAGGGUCGGGCAUCCGUGGAGCAUACACUGAAGGAAUACGAUCGCGAAGUUCGCAAUAAAAGCAAGGACAUUAAACUCAAGCACCCAGAUCUUUACUUCAGACGACAAAAAGAAUUAUAUAUCUACAAAAUUCUGCGGGAUCUACACAAGGAUAUGUACCAGAAAGAAUUCAGGUCAUUUAUUGACCGCGAUGGGGACUACAUCAUGCCUUACGUUUAUGAACUAGAGAGGUAUCAGAUGUUGAUGAGGAAUAAAGGGGUUUAUUGA